ACUACUUUCUUUCCCAUUGUCUUGCACAAGAAGACAGCCUGUAGUUAUGAGGCAACAACAGCAAUUCCCCACUUACCUUUCGCGUUAUCUCUAUAACCACGCUUGUAUUCACCUUUCUGCGAUUUAUCUUCAUACCAAUCUCUGUGUCUUACUGUAUUCUAUUUAUCAUAUCAACAACUACUCUCGACAAUAUAUUAUGCUUAUAUUUCUCAAACUCUCAGUAGGAUUUUAGGCUUAAAUGGCUUCAUUUAGUGUUCAGUAAGUCAUGUGUCAG